UGGAGUUACCCUAUGGCACUUUGGUUGAACAUGGACAACGUAGGCCUGACCAAGUGGCAGAGAACACCUUGCGUAGAUUUGAGCGAAAUCCCAAAUAUCUUCCCGUGGCUGUGAGUGGAGAUGACAACUGCCUAUUCAAUAUGAAAGUGAAUCCAAAGCAACUGAAUUAAGGUUACGGACUGCAAUUGAAAUGUUGGAGAACCCCUUGUAUUAUGAAAACAUACAUGAUAUUUCUGAGAGAAGGUGACUUUUCAUCAGCAUUGACAAUGCAUGCUGCUGCAUCGGUCCUGGAAAGACCGAUCAAAUCGAUCUACCAGCCUCUCAACGGACUAGUGGAUGAUUGUUUUGUUAUGCUGAAUAGACAUUUUACACCCAGGACGUGGACUGUUUUUGCAUCAUCUGGGUCAACUGCGGGAACAUGGACACCAAACCAUUUCAUACCUCUGUUACCUGUCAGGAUUGACAAGACAGUGACAAUCACCAUCAAAAGUAGCCCAGAACCAGAGCUCCUAAAACAUGGACGUGCUACAUCAACACCACAUCAGUCCUUCGACGAUGAUUGGCUCUCUUUAGAAGAGUCCAGAACACGAAAAUGCAAAGUUCGUACCAGAAAAUCAUCUCCAGCACUACAGCCAAAGAGAAAAGCAGCAUGGGAAAACACUUUCAUUUUUAUUCUGUUAAAAGAAUCUACUGUCCAUGAAGACAUUUCUAUUGACAGGAUUACUAUCAGGAUUCACAUCAGGAUUCAGGCCAUUUUUUUUCUUAGUUUUUGCAAUAAUUUUUUUCAGCCUGACAAAAUGAGUUGUCUAGAGACAAUGUAACCAAAGUUUUUGAUGGAAAAUUAAAUUGUUCUGGAAUUUAGACCUAUUAUUUAUGUGUAUUAUACACAUAAAUAAUAGAUAGGCCUAUGAUACAUUUCUGCAGUAGGUCCUAG